ACCUGCACAUCAGGACCUGCCGGCCAGUCAGUGCCUGCACAGGUCCACCAAACCUCGGAGGGCAUUUUCAAGGCUGAGUUCGUGCCACGCGUAGUCGGCGAACAUCGUGUGAAUGUCACCGUCAACGGUUUGUCCACCGCGGGUAGCCCCUAUGCAGCUAAGGUCUACGACGUGAAUGCCAUCAAAGUGAAGAAUGUCAGCAAUGGCACAGUCGGCAAGCCAGUCACCUUUCUUGUAGAGACGUCCCAAGCUGGCCCUGGCAAUCUUGAGGUCACCGUGAAUGGCGGACGUGUACCGACUUCGGCGCAAGCGCAAGGACAACACACCUACGCCAUUAGUUUUACGCCGCGUGAUGCACAAAAUCACACAGUCGAAUUGCGUUUCAACGGACAAGAUGUACCCGGCUCGCCGUUUACUUGUCGCGUCUCGGCCGCUGCGCGUAUACAAUCGCCAGAAACCUUGGAUAAGGUUAGCGUUGGACGGCUGUUUGAGUUUGCCGUGGAAUCAGACGCGGAACCCAUUGUCGAGGUACUUGGGCCGGCCAGGCGUAGCGUGCCUGUCAAUAUCGAUCCAUUGGAUAGCAUUGGUUAUAAUAUCAAAUUCGAGCCUGUCGAAGUGGGCGAUCACUCGGUGGAAGUGCGCCUGCCUGGUGGCAGCCACGUAGAGGGUAGUCCCUUCUUGCUCAAAGCCUAUUCGGCCGAGAAGGUUAUUGUUACCGACAUACGUCCCGGUGUGGUAGGCAAGAGCGUCAGUUUUGGUAUUAAUGCCAGUCAAGCUGGUGCGGGCAACUUGGAAAUUAUAGUGGCCGUUAAUGGCAAAAACGUGCCGAACUAUGUACAAUCCGAAGGUAAUGCGCGCUUCAAAGUUAAUUUCAAACCCACGGAGGCAGCACCACACUCGCUUUCGGUGCGCUUCAACGGUCAUCCCGUGCCUGGUUCACCAUUCACUUGUCAGAUUGCUUCUGCCCCGAUGAGUUUGCCACGCGCUUUAGCCAGCGGCGAAGGUCUGAAACAGGCAGCUAUAAAAGUAGAUAAUAUAUUCGAGCUAGAGGGCUUCGAAGGCAUUGAGCCGCAAGUGUUUGUUACCACGCCAUCCGGCGACAAUAUUAUUUGCCAGUUAACCCCACAAGGAGGCGACGCCUAUACAGCUGCAUUCCAACCCACAGUAGUGGGCCGACACUUGAUAAGCGUAACAGCCAAUGAUAAGCACAUUAAUGGUUCGCCGUUUUCGUGCAAUGUCUUCGAUGUUUCACGCGUAAGCAUCAGCGGCUUGGAUCAGCAAUAUGGGCCAGCUGCAUUGGGUGUGCCUGUAACUUUCAGCGUAGAUGCCGCUGGUGCGGGCGAAGGCACCCUUGAGUUAGUUGUCUCCACAGACACGAGCACUGUAAAGGCGGAGGUUGUUGCAUGCGCGCGUGGCCUCUAUGACGUCACCUUCGUGCCGCAGACCACAGAACCACACUAUGUGAAUAUCACAUUCAAUGAAGUGCCCGUCGACGGCAGUCCCUUCCGCGUAGAUAUACAACAAACUACCCAACACAUACAGAUUGGCAGCUUAGCGACCAUCGACUUUCCAACAGAUGAUCAAAUCGCCGAAAUUGUGGGACCCGAUCACAAGCCAGUACCAUAUACCAUCACAAGGCAGACAGCCGAGUUCCGUACACACAUGACCGGCAAUUACUUGAUACGUUUUAUUGAUCGCGACACACGUCAACACAUAGGCACGCGCACACUGACCGUUUUCGAUCCAGCGCUGGUGAAGAUCACGGAAGUGGGUGAAUCAGUUUUCCAGCGACCAGCCAGCAUUUCAGUGUCGCUCAAUGAAGCUGGACAAGGCGAACUAUCGGCAAUGGUCAAGUGUGGUGCUUCCGAAGUGCCACAUUCCAUACGCGGUCCGUCCAAGAACGGCAUUUAUGAGAUUGUCUAUCACCCAACGCGUGUAGCUCCACACAAGAUAACUAUACUGUUUAAUGAAGUGCCGAUCUCGUUGAAACCGCUUGAGAUCAAUGUGCUGCCAGCGAACGUUGGCAAGGAGAUUAGUGUAUCUGGAUUGGGUUUGUAUCAGUCGCGUGUUGGCAAGACUACGUCAUUUGCCAUUGAUACGCUGAAGCGACCAGCCCGCGAAUUCGACGUAGUCGUUUCUGGGCCAGGUGGACAAGCACUACCUGUGCGCUGUUAUCAAACCAAGAGCGGUCAUCUGCAAGCUGAAUUCACAAUCAACAAGCCAGGACAAAGCAUAAUUGAGGUUCUCCACCAAUCGAAGCCACUACCAGGCAGUCCAUUCACCUGCGAGGCCUUUGACACCAGUCGUGUUGUGGUUCAAGGUGUGCCCAAGGGCCAGUUAGCGUUGCAUAGCCCCAUCUGUUUCUCAGUGCGCACCGAGAAUGCCGGUAUUGCUGAACUAGAGGCAUUUGCCGUCUCUCCAACCAAUCAAAAUCUGCCCGUUCACAUCACUGAACAGUCCGAAGGCAUCUACAGCGUUGAAUUCGUGCCAUCACAACCAGGUGCUUACAAACUGACUAUCAUGUUUGGCGGCGAGACAGUACAGGGUUCGCCAUUCACCUUCACCGCCUCGGCGACAGGCGUGAAAACAGAUACACGCGCUGCCGGCAAUGGACUCGAAGUUUGCCAGCGCAACAAAGAAGCCUCUUUCAUUGUCUACUGUCCGAUUGCGCCAAAUGUGCAAAUCGAACGGGUGGACGAGUUUGGCGAACGAAUUGAACCGAAAAUUAAGGCUCUGGGCAACAACGAAUGGCGCAUUUCAUACACUAUUCUGUCCGUGGGUCAUUACGAAAUACGCGCUAGCUGCCCAAAUCGUGGCAAUUUACCGGGCUCUCCAUGGAGUGUUUCCUGUGUGGAAACAUCAAAGAUCACACCUGUGGGCGGCUGGGGUACACUACUCGAUCACGACGGCCGUCUCAUCUUGCCGGCUCGUAUAGUUUUCGAUGUCGAGAAUGCUGGCCCCGGCGAGUUGGCCUGCUCAAUUGAUGGCAUUGAAAUUCCUGUCGACAAAUUAAAUGAUGGAAAAAUGCGUAUCUAUAUUACCGCUGACAAUCUGGCACCAGGCGAGCAUGAUUUAGAUCUCACUUGGAGUGGCCUAACCAUUGUGCAAUGUCCGCGCAGUGCUUUUGUGACCGGUCAACAAGCGGCCGAUAAGGUGGUGCUUACGGGACGUGGUCUGGCUGCCGCACAAGCAGGCGAGGCGGCACAUUUCACUAUCGAUGCCACAAAUGCGCCCGCUGGGCGCCCGGAAGUCAUAUUGGUGCAUCAAGACAACACUUCCGUGCCGGUGAGUUUGGCUCAACCGCGACCAACAGAAAAUAUCUGGCUGGCCUCGUAUACACCGCAAAAGUCCUCCUCGGGACCGCUAACAUUAUCCGUGAAAUGGAAUGGUCGUCUAGUUAAAGGCUGCCCGCUCACAGUUGCUGUCGGUUCGUCGAUGGAUGCCUCGAAAGUAAUUUGCUCAGGAGAGGGUCUACGUCAUGGCAUUGUUGGUAAAGACAUUAAGUCUUGGAUUGAUACACGACGUGCCGGUCCCGGCGAAUUGACCGCUCAUUGCGCAGGUCCACGUAAAGUGGCCUAUUGCGAAUUGUAUGAUCAUGGUGAUGCUACGUUUACGCUGAACAUCAAGCCGCAGGAGCCCGGUAGACAUUUGCUGACGAUCAAAUAUGGCGGUCAAAAUGUGCCAGGCUCGCCGUUUGCUCUAAAGGUCGCCGGAGCACCUGACGCUAGCAAGGUUCGCGUCUACGGCCCCGGCAUUGAGCAUGGCGUGCUGGCCACCUUCCAAUCUCGUUUCAUCUGCGAUACGCGCGGCGCUGGCGCUGGCCAGCUAACAGUGCGUGUACGUGGUCCCAAGGGUGCCUUCCGCGUGGAAAUGCAGCGUGAGAGUCAAAAGGAUCGCACCAUUUUGUGCAAGUAUGAUCCCACAGAACCAGGCGAUUACCGCGUCGAGGUUAAAUGGGCUGGUGAAUUUGUGCCAGGCUCACCAUUCCCAGUUAUGAUAUUCGACACUGAAGAAGAAUUACGCCGUUACUUGCAAGGUAUAUGAGGCCAGAGUAGUAUUAGCACAAUUAUACUGCCCAGCCCUGCCCUCAGUCAAUUAACCCAACAUUCCCAACAUCAACAUCAACAUCAGCAACAAAACCAACACCAACAUCCACAAGCAUCAUUACAACAAAUGCAACAUAAUACAUUACCGGCAUCACCGCAACAAUAUCAUCGCUCCCAACAACAAUUACGUCUAUCGCCAAUGCUGGGCAGUCAGUUACUGAAUCAGCAUUACAUAAGCAAUCCCGAUUUUAUGUAUGAAAUGGGUUCGCGCAGUUGUUUGCGACGUCGCUGUCGACAGGAUAGCAAUUGUGUGUUGCUCUGACAAUAAAGUGCUCACAUAUGUACUACUUAGUAUCUACAUAUGCAAUUAUUUGGUUCCAAUUUUGUUUUUUUUUUGUUUUUUUGAAGCAAUGAACUGUUUAUUCUAAAGUUGUUUAAACAGAAAAAUUUUCAAGAGCAAAUGAGCACAAUGAGCAUAAUAUGUACAAUAACGGUUCACCAAGGUAACUCUGCGGCUACAUACGAUACUACAAACUGGUCACACAAAGCGAAAACAAAAACGACAACGAAAACGAGAGAGGGCAGCUCACAAUAAUCCGAAAUAAAAGUGAGGCAUUAUUUUUUUAAUUUAAUUUUUAAGAAAAAUAUACAAAAAUAUAUACAAACAUAUGUACUUAUAAUAAAAAAAAAAAUGUGCUUGCUUAGCAAAAGCGCAAAGAAAAACGACAAUCCCCGCUUACAACGAAAUCUUCCCCAUUUGUUAGAAAUGCAAAAACUAAAUUUUUAAGAUAUAAAGCAGCCUAAAUAAACCCAAAUUUAUUUACCUAGUUUAUAAUUAUUUCCAUUAUGGAGUGAAAAAAUACACAAAAAAAAAUUUCAAUUUAUAUUUGUACUCAACUGCAUAAAAAAUUUUGAACUUAAAUUUUGGAAUUUAUAUUUUUAUGUAGCAAAGAGUUUAGGCUCGACAAAUUUCUAUCAUGCGAAAUUGUGUCUUACACCGUUUAUUCUGUGCUUUAUUGCUAACACAAAUACCAAGUAACGAUUUAUGUAUUUUAUGCAAUAAAUACUACUUUUUAAUUAUUUUACUUAAUUAAAAUGUUA